CGUUGAAUCAUAGCAAUUUCGAUUAAUUCGGUUUAUUAGAGUGACAAUAUUUGUCAAGACCACUUACCUACUUCUGUUCGAGGCUCUUUUUGUGUGUACUACUAUACUAUAGGUGAUCUCCUGCCCUCAAUAAUGUCACAGAGAGAUCAGGACGUGUAUGAGACCCCGGACCCUCCCAUUGACACCACUAACUAUGAUGACGACCAGAAGAGUAUAGCCGUCACCCGAUUGGAUGUUUCAUUGCAGUCCUCGUUUGACAAGUUCAAAGACAAGUCCCUAGACGCUAGCAGCGUGGAUUUCUCUGAUAGUGUGAAUAGACAGCCCCAGUCAGGGUUCAAAGUUCAACCAGACGAUCUAGAAGUGAUUGUGACUGAGCGAGAGCCUGAGACCAUUCUGCAACGCUAUCAGCGACUCAAACAAGAGGUUGCUGACCUUGCGUUUGAUGUGGGGAGGAUUGAGGAGGGGAGCAAGGACGCAGAGAAGCUGCUCCAGGUGUCACCACCAGACCUGCUGCAGGAUUUGCAAUUGCUCCAGAAGCAGCUUGAUGGGCUCCAGUUGGAUCGUGUGUUGGGUACCCCUCUCUCUGCCGACCAGCCGCACAACACCCUCCUCCUACGAGACCUACGGGCACAGAUAGAGGCGGUUAAGGGGACGGGAGAACAGGGGACAGACCACGCCCUCUAUGAGGUCUACACUCGGUCGGAGGCAGCCAAGUUUGCUCAUCUCUCAAAGAUGAGUGAAGUUGAACAGCGACUGGCGAAACUAGAGACUCUGGUUGGGGACCAAGAAACUUCUGUGUCUUGUGUGACUGGUGGAUUGGAUGGUGAACACAAGGAUCUGUCGAGUGCUGUGAUGAACCUCCAGGCUAAGGUGGCCCUACUGGACCCUGCUCACAUCAACACCAUCGGGGGACAAUUACAGGGCUUGCUUUCUUUGUUGGAACAGGUUGAAACCAAAGCAACCAGUAAGAGCAGUGAUCCUGACAAGGAGACCAAGAUCUCGGAGGCUCUGGACAAGGUGGGUGUGGUCUCAGCAGUGGCCCCCCUCAUCCCAGACCUGGUCGCUAGACUCCACACACUCAAGGACCUUCACGAGAGAGCUGCUCAGUUCGCAGGAACUGUGGCUUUCAUGGCCGACAGUCAAGAGAAACUGGCCAAUCAGAUCUCAGAUCUACAGUCACUGCUCACCAAGGUUCAGGGCACAUUCCAAAGCAACCUGUCCACAAUCCAGUCAGACUUUAGCGGAUUAGAAUCAAAAUUGAUAACUUAAUUAUUAGCGAGUUAUAGCUAAUGUAUAAAUAUUGGGAAUUAUAUAAUUAUUGUAACAUUACUAUAGUUUUUUUGGCAGAGUAUAGAUAUUUAGUAGCCAGC